AGGGGGAGCUGUGGAGGCUUGGCAAUGUCAGGCUGGAUCCUAUGGAGUGGUCUGCAUUCCGGAUUGUGGUAGAGGGUGUCCGGGGGACAGGAGUAUCUGGGGGCGUCGCCAUUGACGACGUGCUGCUGUCUAAUGGAGCCUGCCCACCCCCUGGAGUCUGCGACUUCCAGGGCAGUCUGUGCGGGUGGACCAACGUUGAGGCAGGCGACCAAGCCGAUUGGCUACGCGGGCGAGGGAGCUCCCCUCUUCCCAGCAUGGGGCCCCGCGUGGACCACACCAUGGGCUCCAGCCAAGGUCGUAUCUCCAUGGAGAAUGUGGUGCAAAACAAGGGCAGAACGAUAUUAGCCAAAUUUAUAAACGAUACGUGUGCGGCUCAGAGUGUUUGAGUUCACAGUUGGUCUCUCGCCAGGCUACUAUGUGUAUGUGGACAGCGCGGUGGGACAGA